GGAAAACAGAACAAAUAAAGUUACGGUUAAAGCCAAAAUUAGAGAAAUAAGCAGACAAGAAGGUUUUCCUCAUCAGAAUCUCUUCUUUCUUUCUCCCAAAAUAAUAUUAUCAUCUUUACCUUAACUUGAAUCGAUUAUACAACAAUCUCCAAGGCUCCGAUCAACCCUCAUUAGGGGCUUUUUUCGCUCAAUUUGGUAACUUAAUUCAAGCUCUGGAGUCCGUUGAUGAUAAAAAGGUUUUGGCUGCAAUUCAUCAUUCAUCAUUCAAGAAUAUGGGACAACGGAAUAUGCUAUAUACGGGUCCAAUGCUCGAAACAGAACAUGGCCAUAUUAAUCCGGAACCUUGCGUAGUAUCUUACAGUGGAUUACCGAGUUUCCCGCAACCUUCUAAUAACAAUCGUCCGAUAUUACCACCUUCCGCAAACCAAACUAGUUUCAACCCUCAACAACUACCCGAAAACCUCGGACCAUUGCCACAUGGCAUCACUCAAUUCAACGGUCUCGGCCAUCCUUCUCCUCAUCACCCUGCUAACAACGUAUUUAUGACACCUACCGGUGCCCGAGUUUUCCCAGCCGCAAUUAAUCACGGGAUUCACGAUCAAUUCACAUUUUCUAGGAGCUUUGAAAAUGGUCAGUAUAUUGAUUUAUAUAAGAGAAAGAACGAGUAUUUUCAUCCCGCACCUGGAUCAAGUUCUUCGGUUCCUAUACCUAUGAACACAGAGGGAGCCAUGAUGGAUGGUCCAUCGUUGGUCAGGGAACCCACGGUCCAUAGAAGUGGGAGAAACAGGGGUUCGGGUGCUAUUGGGAUUGACCCAGUCUUAGCACAUAGUAGUAGCCAUUUGAUACCAGGUAACUAUGGUGGUCAACCUCUUCAAGCGGUUCCGUGGUUAGAUCAACAAUUUUGCGGUAAUGGUAGUGACGGAGGUGCUUUUUCGUGGAAUCAUGGUCCCGCUAUACCUUAUCUUCAAGGACCGAUAAAUGGGGCCGGUUUGGAUGCGUCAAACGUAGGUUUACAUGGAUAUCAAGUCACACCGAGCAACAGAAUUCCGGGGACCUUUGUGCAUCCGUCAGCCAUCACGCCUCAUCAGGGUCCCCACAAUAUCCACCACCUGCCACCGCCACCGCCACCUCCAAUGCCGCCAAUGCAAGGCCCUAAUAUAGAAUUUCAUUCUCAAGUGGCAUCAACUUCACACAGACUUCCAAUAAACACCAACGUAAAUCCUUUUCAGAACGCGAUCGAGCUGCCCGUACCUAGGUUUGUGGGUCCCGCACAGCCUACUGGUCUUCGGGUUUUUCGUCCUCAUCGGCGGGAACUCAUGGUUGACGCAACUGCAAGGCAUCGGGCCUUUCCCCACCUGAGAGUUCUCCCUGAAGAUGGGGUUGCAAUCCUUGAUAUUUCUGGUUAUCAUGAAGCAGGACAUUCGGUCGAUCAUCAUAGAGAUCUGCGUUUGGACAUAGAUCACAUGUCUUACGAGGAGCUUCUUGCACUAGGUGAACAGAUCGGUAGUGCAGGCUCGGGUUUGUCAGAUGAUUUUAUUUUAGAACAUUUAGAAACGAGAGCAUUUGUUUCAUCUAAAUCUUCUUCUGAACCCGAAGAUGAAUCUUCAGCGGAUCAAGAACUUAAUUCUUGUGUGAUUUGCCAGACCAAUUAUGACGAUGAAGAACAAAUCGGGGUGCUAGAUUGCGGGCACGAGUAUCAUGUCGAAUGCGUGAAAAAGUGGUUGGUCGUGAAGAACACUUGUCCGAUUUGCAAGUCAACGGCACUUGCUGCAAAAGCAAAGGGGUCGUGAAGCGAAACAAGAAGUCUUGAUUGAUAUAAAUAUACAAAUGAAGAGAAGAGGGUGUCCUUUCUCUUUCUAUAAAUUAUGGUAAAUAUGGAAACUUGGUUGGUUUUGUUUGUUUCCGAGACGAGACGGUUAACAAAAUUGUUAAAAAGAAGCUGGUCUCCCUCCCUUGAACCUUUUGUACAGACAGACCUUUGUUGUCAUGUUGGUUCACUCAGUGGAUGAUGAUCUAUCUGUCUGGAGUGAUGUGUACUUAUGAAUGUUAAUAUCAGGUUGAACAUUCAUUCAAUCUUUCUGUUUGGUGUUUGAUGA